CUAAAGUUGCUCAUCAGGCUAAGGGCAAACAGACAAUCUGGUUUUUUCAUCCAGACAGGACUAGGCCCACAGAAGACAGCAAUGGCAAGUUGAUGAAUUGCUUCAAGAAAAAGAGGAGGAGAAUUGGUGGCGCAGACAAGAAAGAGGGCAGCAUAGCCAAGAGAUGGAAGCUUUUAAGCGGGAAAAGCAACUGGGAGGGUCUGUUAGACCCUUUAGACCUUGAUCUUCGUCGAUACGUAAUCCAUUAUGGGACAAUGGCUCAAGCUACCUACGACACUUUCAACUCCGAGAAUGCAUCGAAAUUCGCAGGAAGCAGCAGAUAUGCCAAGAACGACCUCUUCUCUAAUGUUGGGAUGGACAAGGGCAAUCCAUUCAAGUAUCGUGUAACGAAAUAUUUUUAUGCCACAUCAUCGGCUCAGGUACCUGACGCCUUCAUCGUCCCGUCUUGGUCGAGAGAGGCCUGGAGCAAGGAAUCAAACUGGAUGGGGUAUGUGGCUGUGGCCACAGAUGAAGGCAAAUCAGCACUAGGCCGUCGGGAUAUUCUGAUUGCGUGGAGAGGGACUAUUCGGAAUCUUGAAUGGGUGAAUGAUUUCGAGUUUGGCUUAGUCCCUGCUCCAGAAAUCUUUGGAGGGAAUGAUGAUCCUAAGGUGCAUUUUGGGUGGCACUCCAUUUACACAUCUGAUGAUCCAAAAUCACCCUUCAGUAAGAACAGUGCCAGGCACCAGGUUCUUGGUGAGGUGAGGAGAUUGGUAGAACGGUACAAGAAUGAGGAGAUCAGCAUAACUGUCACAGGGCACAGCUUGGGAGCAGCAGUUUCUACCAUAAAUGCAGUUGACAUUGUUGUCAAUGGAUACAACAGGCCCCAAGGCAUGCUCCACAAGCACUGUCCCGUCACAGCUUUCGUGUUUGCAUGCCCUCGUGUUGGGGACAACAACUUUCGUGAUUUCGUCUUAAAUCUGCAGAACCUUCACAUUCUACGUGUAAGGAAUGCCCGUGAUAUCGUCCCUAAGUACCCCUUCAUAGAUUAUGUUGACGUUGGUGAAGAGUUGGCCAUUGACACAGAUAAGUCAAGCUACUUGAAGGAAGGGAACUUGAGCAGCUGGCACAACUUGGAGGCUUAUUUGCAUGGGGUUGCAGGGACACGGGGGAGCGAAGGGGGGUUUAAACUGGAAGUUAACAGGGAUAUCGCCCUAGUUAACAAACAUAUGGACGCGCUAAAGGAUGAAUUCUGUGUUCCAGUUUCUUGGUGGUGUGAGAAGAACAAAGGUAUGGUGCAGCAGGCAGAUGGAUCAUGGGUGCUAAUGGAUCAUGAGUACGAUGAUUUUUGAUACGAGACGGUCGGACUUAGUAUCUGACAGAAUAAGGGGAACUGAUGGCAUCAUUGUAAUGAAGACAUACACUUAAAUUUUUAAAAUCUGACAUCAAAUUCAAAGUA